CAAAUAACGACAACAAAUCCAAAAUAAAAACGCCGCUUCGCUGCUCUUCGCUCCUCCCCCACCACCGCCUCCAAUUUCUCGCCACGCGAUAUUUUCACCUCCAUCUCAUUUCUCUCUACCGCAAAUUCAAAAUUCGAUUUCUCUUGAAGCUUCUUCUUCUUCUUCUUCUUCACCUUCAUCCAAGCUUUUGAAGAAGCUCUUGGUUUCUCUCUUCAGGUAAUGGGGACGUUGGGGAGAUCUACAGCCGUAGCUGAUGGUUGUUCGGGUGGCUCCGGGUCGGGUUCUGGACCGGCGAGGUUUGAGGCCGGGGACGACUCGGGUGGGAGCCGGGUCGGGUCGGGAGGGGAGCUGGUGAGGUCGUUUGUUGAGCUGGUUAAGACUGUGGAGGCUAAAGUUUCGGUUGGGAUGAGUUUUGGGGACAUGGAUACGUGUAUGUCGAGGUUGAGAGGGAGUGAGAGUGUUGGAGAGCUGGAGUCUGGUUUGGGUGAGGAGAGGAGAGUGGUGAGCAUUGGUUCCAAGACGAAUUCGGAUGCGAAUGAGGACAAUGGGAAUUGUUGUGAUGAAACCAAGACCAACGGUGUUGGGGUUGAGGAGAAUGGCAAGUGUUUGGAUGAAAUUGUGGAAGAGCUAGAUGGGGAAAUUGAGGUUCCCAUUGCCGGUACGAGUGAAAAUGGUGAAGACCGGGUGGGGGAAGAGUUGAGUGAUGGAGUGAAUGAGUUCUGUAUCGGAGAUUUUGUUUGGGGUAAGAUUAAGAACCACCCGUGGUGGCCCGGCCAGAUUUGUGAUCCUUCGGAUGCUUCUGACCUUGCAGCGAAAUUGAGAUCCAAGGACAAACUUCUUGUAGCCUACUUUGGGGAUGACACUUUUGCGUGGUGCCAUCCGUCGCAAUUGAAACCCUUUGAGGAAAAUUUCGUGGAGAAUUCUAAGCUGAGUAGCUCCAAGGUUUUUGUUAUUGCUGUGCAGCAGGCUGUGGAUGAGAUUGGUAGGCUUGUAAAGUUGAAGAUGAGUUGCGCUUGCAUGGGGGAAGAGUUUCUAAGUGGUCGUAAACAAACUUUAGCAUCGAAUGCUGGAGUUAAGGAAGGAGUUGUUGUCCCUGAAGGCCGAGUUGGGAAGUUUUUGGGUCAUCUAUCUCAGCCGGUUGACCUUCUUGCUGAAUUGAAACAUAUGGCACAAGCUGUAUCCUUGACUAGUGUUCUUGAGCUCAAUGUAUUAAAGAGUUUGCUGUCUGCCUUUUAUUGUUCGAAAGGGGGAUAUCAGUUACCUGUUUACAUUGAACCCCAGCUAAUUCCUGGUCUUGAAGAUGAGCGGAAGAUGGUGGAAGUCCCAGUGCAGUGGCCAUCUGAUGACAGGUCGUCUUCUCCCAUAGGCUCCAAUACUGGAAACACUGAACAAAAUUUGUUGCAAAGGUCACCACCAAGUAUAGAAAAUAGACAGCCCCAUAAAAGGAAGGAGAAGACCAUUGCUGAUCUUCUUGGAGAAGCCAAUCAUGUUGAGGUAAAAAGUAUGGAUGGGGUUGUAGCUAAAGAAAGUGCAAUCUCAGAUAAACGAGGGCUAUCAUCCAGACGGAAGAAGCAGAAAAGCAGUGAUAUUCAUGGUGAGGGUAUAUUGACUUUCGAAUCAGGAAGGGAAAGAGCCAAACUCUCAAAAUCGCCCACAAGCACUAAAGAUGAAGGUAUUGGCAUCGAGAGUAGUGAUGGUUUGGCUAAAGAGAGUGCUGGUGGAAAUGAAGAAACUAAGAAGACUCCUCUCUCAAGGAAAAGGAAGAGGGAUGAAGAUAGCAUCGACAGUAAAGAUGGUGAUACCCAAGAAAAAAGGGGUGGAAAGGAUGAAACUAAGAAGGCUCCGUUGUCAAGGAGAAGGAAGAAGAAUGAAGAUAUUCACAUCAACAGUAAUGAUGGUGAGGCCAAAGGAAAAGCUGGUGCAAGAGUCGGGGAGUUGCUCAAUGUUGGUUUACAAACAGAUAUGAAAGACCAAAUUGGUAAGAGCCCUUUGUUGAGGGAAAGAAAAAAAAGCAAGUACUUGUCCCCACCCUUCACAAUAAGUGACGCAGGGAAAAGAAAACGAAACCUGGAAACAGAAUCUCGAAAUGCUGUAACGAGUCAUGAUUUGGGGAAAGAGGGGAAAGAGCGAGACAUGGAAUCAGUAUUAUCUCUGGAGGUUUCUAGUAAAGCUCAGCUUGGGGACAGGAUUACCAGGGCUGCUGCCAACAUUAAGGGGUCCCCUCAGAUUUUGAAUAGUUGCAGUGAGGCAUUACAAGAGAAACUCUCAAUAGAAGGUGGGAAUAAGAGCACUGAUGUUAAAACACCAGCAGAAGGUGAGAAGAAGCGUGUUGAUCCAAUAAAAGCCAAUGCAGCCACUAAUGAAGUGCUAUCUGGAGUCCGCUCUGCAGCUCUUGAUCCAUUAUAUCCAGUCAAAAGGAAAUCCUCCUUUGAGAUUGUUGUUGAUUUUGUGUCCAUAUUUAGAGACUCAGUUUACCACAAUGGCUGCUACCACAAGCUUUACAAGAAGCACCAACCGCAUGGAAAGAGAAAGAAAUCAGAUUCUGAACCGGGGUCAUUGGUGAAAGACAAUCAAACUGCUGCAAAUUUGCGUGAAGGUGAACCUGGUAACAGGGUUAUUAAGAAGAAACAAGAUAUGAAGUCUGAUAAGCCUACAAAAAAGCAAGCUGGUGAGACACGAAGUUCAAAGAGAAGGAAGUUAAAUUCUGUAAUUAAGUCGUUGGGAAAAGACAAUGAGAAAGCAGAAAAUCAGCCUGUCAGUGAAUCUGGGCAGAGGAACAUCAACACUAACCAAGAUAAGCCUAAGAAAAAGCAAGCUGCUGAGCCACCAAUUUCAAAGCUGGUCAGGCGGAGAUCAAAGCAUGCUGACGCUCGGGAUUUGAAGAUUAAGGAGACGGAAGAGGAGGCUCCGCCUACAUUCCUUUUUGUAACAUUUGGACCUGGAUCCUCGCUGCCUACCAAGGAUGAUCUUCUCAGAUUAUACAGUAAAUUUGGGGAACUAAAUGAAACUGAAACCGAGAUGUUCUACACCAAUUUCUGUGCUCGUGUUGCGUUUGUAAUGAGCUCUGACGCGGAAGAAGCCUUCAAUUAUUCUCUAAUUGACAGUCCCUUUGGAGCUUCCAAUGUCAAUUUCCGCCUCCAAAAUCCCUCGGGUGCUUCCAAGACUCGUGAGCUCAGUGCAAUACCCGAGUCUCCUCCAGCUAAGAAGAAAUCCAGGAGCAAGACUGCAAGUGAGGCAUUAGUAGCUUCACAACCACCUGCUGGUGAGCCAUCGCAAGUUGAUUUCAUUAGGCAUAGACUUAAGAUGAUGAGCUCAAUGCUGGGAAACUCAGAUCGCAAAGUGUCGCCUGUUGCAACAUCAAAAAUUCAGAAUGAGAUAAAGGAGCUACUGAAGGUCGUAAGCACAAUGGGUGAAUCCUCAUCUUAGAUUGGACACUGUUAGAUCUAGACACAUUCCCAGUUAAUGUCAUAUAGCUAAUGAUCCACAUAUGUAGGUUUAGAUAUGAUAUCACAACUUCCUCUACGGAUGUUUGUGGAUGGAGUUAUAUUAUCUUUUGUGUAGGAACCUGGUACUACUUUUUUUCUGGGGUACAAAUGGAUGCCAUGGUGCCUUUACCUAUCAAUUUUACAGAUCAACAUAAAUUUUGUUUUC